AUGAUUAAAAAAACUGAUUGGUUAAAAUUUUUUGAUGAAAAUGAUAUUCCUAUAGAAAAUCAGUAUAAUUGGUAUUAUUCUGGUUUAUCAAUUUCAGAAUGUAAAACUGCGAUAAAUAAUGGAUGGGAUAAUACAGAUGAUAAUAAAAUAAUCAACAAUUGUGUAGAACAUCGAAAUUUUAGAAAAAUAAAUGUUUUAAAAGUAAAAAAAUCAGAGCUAGAUAUUUCAUUGAAUAUACUUGAUAAAAUUCUUAAUAAAAAUACAAACACGUUUAAAUUAUUACCUGAAAAUUUUGAAAAUGAUACUAUAAAUAAUUUAAAUGAUGCCUUUUUACCAAAUGGUGCACAAAAACAAGAUCUCUUAAAAGCAAUAAAGGAUAAAAGAAAUACCUUUAGAUAUAAGAUUAAUGAACCUAAUAAUGAAUAUGAUAAUGAUAGAUUAGAUCCUAAUCAAUAUAAAAAAAUAAUAAAAUCAAUCGAUAAAACAAAUGAGUGGAAAUUUGAAAAAUGGAAAAAUAAAGUUACACCUGAAUUUUUAAAUAAAUUUUUAGGUGAUUUUUUAAACAGAAAAGGUGAUGAAAAUUUAACUGAAAAAAAUCUUGAUGGUUGGUUAAAAGGCGAAGAAUCUUUACCAAAUCAGGAUAAAUUAAAAGGAUAUACUUUAAUUAGUAAACCAGAAUCUAAAAUAAGAGUAGCUGAAAUUAAGGAUUCGAAAUUUACAGGAAAAAUUAAUGAAAUUCUAAUAACUGGUGCUGAAGUUUUAAAAAAAGAAUCUGAACUUGAUAAAUCAUUAGCUGGUGCAUAUUUAUUACCAUAUGUUUUUAAUCUAAUUGAAUUCGAUCCUGAAAAAUUAAAAAAUGAUGAUGGUUAUAAUAGUAAUAAUUUUGCUAAAAUAAAAGAAGUAUCCAUAAAACUCAAAGGAGGUAAAGAAAUAAAACGUAAAAUACCUGAUGUUGAUGGACCUGGAAUUCUGCCUAUACUAACUGGAGGUGGCAAAACUACUAAAUUAGUUAGAUGUCUUUUAACAUGUAUUUUUCCAGGAAAACAUGUUGUUUUAAUUAUACCAAAUGAAGAAUUAGCUGCUGAUGCUGCAAAUCAUCAUAAUACUUGGUUACAAUAUUCUAAUGGAAUACCAUAUAAAUGUGUAAUUCAUGGUAAAGAAGGUGAAUUACCAUAUACUGUAAAAAAUGGAGAACUUGCUUCAUGGAUUGAUGGUAAUGAUAAAACUAAAAAAACUUCUGGUGAAAUUAAAAAAUCAACUUUAUCAAUAUUACAAUUACAUCAUCUGGUUAGAUAUAUAGCAUGUGAAAAAGUAAAAAUCAAUGAAUUGAAAGAUAGCAAAAAACAUUAUAAUAAUUUCAACGAAAUAUUAAUUAAUAUAAAAGAAAAAUUAAUUGAUAAAGAAGAUACAAUAAUCAUAUUUGAUGAAGCUUAUUUUUCUAAUACAAGUUAUCAAGUAGUACAACCUUUAAUAAUCAGAAUGGGUUACAAAGUUUUACUUAUGAGUGCUACUUUUCCUAAAAAAAAUUUUUCAAUAUCAACAUCAAAACCUAGAGAAGUAUAUUCAAUAAAUAAAUUUAGUAAUCAAACAAACUGGGAAAAUGAAAAAACACAAAUAUUUUUUAGAACAACAACAAAUGAAUAUCCUAGAAAAAUAAAUGGUGAAGAAGAUAUUGAUGCUGAACCAUUAUUAAAAUCUGGUUUAACACAUAAACAAUUUAAAUUGUUAGAAGAAAGUGAUGUUCCAUAUGUGAUAUUUGAUAGUACAAACUCAUCUGCUGUAUCUGGUAUAACCGAAGGAAUGCCAUUAGGUUCUUUAUUCAUAGCAAAUAUUAAUCAUGAAAUGGGAUUUAGUCCAGAUGUUGAUAAUGUUAUAUUAACUGGUGAAACACAAUUACAAAAACUAGGAAAAGGUUCUGGUGCUGAACGAUGGAUUUAUGAUAAUAAUGAUAUUCGUUUCUUAUCAGUUGCUAGUAUGGUUCAACAAAUAGGUCAAGUUGGUCGUCUCAGAAAAGGAAAAGCUUUCUUAACUACACAACAAUUAGAAGAAUUAAUACCAAGUGAUGAUAUAGUAUUUCAUAUAAUCAAUGGAAUAAUGCUUUCGGCAAGUGAAGAACCAAUGAAAAAAUUAAAUUCAUUAGGAUAUCCAUUUACAAAAAGUGUUAGUGAUAACAAAUAUCAAAAUUUUCUUUGGGCUUCUAUUGCACUUCCAUAUAAAAAAAAUCGACCUGUCGAGGCAGUUAUGGUUGGUGUAAAGGGAAAUCCUAAACCAAGUUCUGCUAAUAUUAUCUGUCCAACAUAUGAUAAUUUACCAGACCCAGACGUAAAAGAUAAAAACCUAUGGGCUUUACAUAUUGACGGCAAAUUACCACCACCUGAAUUAGAUUUAGAUAAUAUGAAAAAUAUACAAUUAACAAUUGUUGAUGGUGAAAUACAAAAAGAUUAUUCAAUAAUAAUUAGUGGAUCUAAAACAAUUGACAAAACAAAAAAAUCAAUUCAAAGUAGUAAAUUUAAUUAUAAUAAAAAUUAUUUAGAUAAAGAUGGAUUUCCGACUAUGUUUAGAUGUGAAAAUUGUGAUAGAAUGAUGAAGCAAUUAUUUAACAUCACACUCAAAAAUUAUCAUAAAUAUUUAUUUUGUGAAUUUUGUAUUUCAGAAUUAGAUAUAAUUACUUAUACGUCAGGUAUCGGAUUUCAUGAAAAAUGA